AUGAAGCCCCAUCGCUCCCACGUAGGAAACCCGGUGCGAGAAAGCGCGAAGCUGUGCCCAGGGGGGAGGGAGCGAAGAGCAGCAGCGCCGGGAGCGCGAUCUCCUGCCCGGUUCCCCCACCCACGUGUCGUUCCGAGUCACGGAGGGCAGGGAGAGGGACCGCGCGGCCAGGGCAGUAACCCGGGAGGCAGGGACGGGAGCGGCGCCCGCAGCGGGCGGUACCCGGGGCGGUGGCGAAGAGGCCCCGGCGCCUCCUCAGCGCCGGCCCCUGUGUCCGCAGUGCCCGAGUACCAGGGGGAGCCGGACGAGAUCUCGGUGCAGAAGUGCCGCGAAGCCGCCCGGCAGGUUCAGGGACCUGUUAUAGUAGAGGAUACCUGCUUGUGCUUCAAUGCCCUGGGGGGGCUUCCAGGACCAUACAUAAAAUGGUUCCUGGAAAAACUGAAACCAGAAGGCCUCUACAAGCUGCUGGCUGGGUUUGAAGACAAAUCUGCCUACGCUCUCUGUACCUUUGCAUUCAGUACUGGAAACCCAGAGGAGCCCGUGAAGCUCUUCAAAGGCCAGACUCAUGGGCUGAUAGUGGAGCCCAGAGGCCCUCGAGAUUUUGGCUGGGAUCCCUGCUUUCAGCCAGACGGCUACAGCCAGACGUAA